AUGACCACCUUGGAAGAGCAGAGACGCACUGCCACGGACUUUGGGAGCCAUUCCCUUCUGAUUCAUCCUAAUGGCCAGACCCUGGACUUGGCAACAGGCUACAUUCCCUUACUGUCGACAUUUUCGCAUGAAGACAAGGCAGCCAAGGGGUUGAGGAAGGGCAAGACGAGUGAUGAACGAGACAAUCCGGUGUACUUGUCUGCUCUGGAACUGGUGCGUGACAACCAGAUCCUCUUGCUAAGCGGGCCCAGUGGUUGCGGGAAGACGACGUUUGCGAAGCAUUUGUGCUUCCGUGUUGCGACUCAGAGCCUGCCGACAUCUGCCCCAAUCAUUAGGAACGAAGCCAGCGAACUCCACGAUGAGGUCUGGAAUACCAAUGGCUUACUGCCUUGCUAUUUCGACAUCGGCGACGCUCAGGCAUUGGAGACGCUUACGCAUCAAACCAUUCCCAAGCUCCUAAGCCCCGUAUCACGGACGAGAUAUGCUGGACUUGUCAUAGUGAUUGACACAAUUGAACGUGCUGAAAAUCAGGCUUCACAACUCCUCGGAGCCCUGAUUUCAAAGCUUCUGGACGAGAAGACGACCAACCAUCGCCUUGUCAUCCUCGCCGAGAGAUGUGCUGCGGAGAGCCUCAAUCUGCCAUCAGUCGUCGCGAGACAUUCUAUAUCCCCUCUGCUGCUCGCCCAGCGGCGCCUCAAGAUCAGUGAGCUGACACAGGACCAACCUGAUCGGGUCGACUAUGCUCUUGGCGCAGCCGCUCGAGAUCCGACCAUCUUUGCUCUGGCUUUCCAGAUCACCGACGCUGGCGAUCAGGCUGAGACGGUAUUAGAUGCAUGGCUGCCCAAAGUUUCCAAAGACGAUAAGCAUUGUGCCGAGCUUGAGGCGUACGCCUUGCAACAAAUACACCGUGAACUCGGUCUUCAGUCGGAGCUUCGUACUACUGCAAAUGGCAGACCCAUAGAUGUACCCUUGUUUGCUUUGAAAACCAAAAUCCGUCAACUGCUCGCUGCUCGUCCCCUAUCGAGGCUUCCGUCUCGGGCCACGGUCGAUUUCUUUCGCCAGGACCCCAUUCGAACGGCGGAUGUAUUGCGGAGCAUACUCGUACGUCUUGGGUCUUCCGCGACGUUCGAGGACUUAGCUUCACUCCUGAUGCAAGGCUCUGGAACGGCUGUGCAGCACAUCUUGCCUCUCGGUGAUCGGAUGAAGGCUGGUGGUGUCUUGUCCCUGCUGGGUGAUCCUCGUGAUCUGUCUGCCUUAGCGUUCGUACCCGUCGAUGCCUUCCGCAUCGGAGUGUACACCGUCACUAUUGGCGAGUAUCUCAAAUUCAUCAUGGAGACAAAGCGGGAAUGGACCAGCCCUGACAAGAAUCAUCCCAAGAAACAGAACGUACCUGCGACGGACCUGACUUGGUUCGAUGCCCAAGCAUACUGUGCAUGGCUUACACAGAAGUGGCACGAGUCUGGCAAGAUCCAACCCAACGAAGAAGUCCGCCUCCCUACAGAACCCGAGUGGGAGCGAGCAGCACGCGGAGACAUCAUCAGCGUCCAGUCUAAAGAAACAUACAUAUACCCCUGGGGCACCAUUUGGCAACCAGACCACUCCGACUCCGAAGAAACUGGCCUGAACCAGCCAUGCCCCGUGGGCCUUUUCCCGAAAGGCCGCUCCCCGUACGGCUGUCACGACAUGGCAGGAAAUGUGUGGGAAUGGUGUACCACGCUUUGGGGCGAAGACAUGGCGACUCCUCGUUUUCGGUACUCAUGGCGGCAGGAUGAUGGACGUGAGGAUCAGGAAGCCCCUGUGACGGUGCGCAGGGUGUUGAGGGGUGGGUGCUUUUCGAGCGGUAUGGCGAAAGCGAAUUGUACGUAUCGUGGGAGUUUGGAGCCUACAGGGCGGUGGCGAGGCAAUGGUUUUCGGGUUGUUAUUGCAAAGCGGCAAAUCAGACAGGAUACAACAAAAGACGCAGACUCGUUGCGACGUUGA